GGAUGCUUUAGUUUAGCGUUGAAGCUUCACACGAACGGUACUGAACUGAGAGAGUGCAUCGUCGACUAAUCGGUUCAAUUGUUUGAGCGACUAAAUCUGUACCUCGAAAUUGAAAGGUGGUUUAGACGAGCGUCGGAAUUUGAAACUCGGGCUACAGUAUAAAUCGAUUACUGGAACAUCCGGUCUGUGCAACAGGUUUAUCAGUGCGAGGUUCACUGCAAACGUGAGUUGAAUUACUUCGUGCAGCAUAGAUUGGAAGUGAGCGCGCGCCUUACGCUUUAGGAUAAUGCUUUUGAGAACUACGACCAAGUGUAAACUGAAAACUAGUGAUUCCUUAAAACAGUGCUAACGGGGGAAAAGUUUUUCAAUUAGAAAGUGGCAAACCGAGCUCGGUUUGUGUGUUUCAUUUUCCGAAUAAAUCAGCGAAAAAGUUGUCCCAAAGGAAAACCAGCAGACAGACGUCGUCCUUAGCAACGAGUGUGCGAAUUCUUGCUUUUCACCACUCACUCUAGUUUACAUGACUGACUGUGCGGGACGGCAAGGUCCCCCCAAAGUCAACUACAACGUCGUUGUUUUCGUCUUCGUCUUCGUCGUCUCAGACUGGUGCUGUGUCGAGUUUCCUACUGCGGACAGUAGCAGAGUCGGAUAUCGAAGACGCCAGCGGCAACAACCGCAACAGCAACAGCAGCAUCCACUGCAACCAUCUGCUCGGCAAUCGAGUGCAUUCUUCAAGGAGAGUGUGACAUGAGUACCGUCUGCUGGAGAAAGUGAGAUACAAGCUCGCUACUACCCAAACCCUUCGGCUAUACGACUCUUGGAACUCUUGGAAGUGCCAGUGUUUAUAAACUAUUACCGCCCGUAGUUGUCCCCGUUAGCGGCGCGACACGAUUAUCGAGCUCCGUGUGCUCGCGGUUUGUUUUUUGAAGUGCAAGUGAUUGUCUCUCGAGUGCGAGGCGCCAUCAGGAAGAUAUCCAAUAGCAAAGAAGAACAGCACAACAGUUCACAAUCCGGUUCGCGUGUUCGCGAAAGUAGGUCACCUGGAAACGGGCAAACAUCACCAUCAUUGCCGGCUGCAUAAGGUUGAAAAGCUGUGGCGACUCGUUCCAACCUCUAUGGAGUUUCAGCUAGACAGCGCAGAGUACUGCCAGGCACAACACAAAUAAGCUAGACGCCCCCCUCGUCGUGGCACGCGCCCCAAUCGCCGUCGUCAUCCGCCAUACCGCGCACAUACCGCAAUCACAAUCACACACACGCCGUUUCCCAUCAUCGAAUCAAGUCUCAUCCCUCGCCGUCCGUUAACCAAUAGGAGGAGGGCCAGUCUGGAGACAGCCCGGCUAGAGGAGAAAGGAAGCAAAUCCUGAGGAACGUGUGCUGAGGAAGCUUGAGAGUGAAACGAGGAGGAGGUAGAGAUUGCGAGUUGAGCCGUGCCCCACGCGUAAAGGAGCUACAUCGAAGAAGAUAUCCCCCUGAAGUUUUCGUUUGUUCUGGAGACGUUUGUGGAUUGUCGUCGCGAAGGAAUCAGAAGUGGUUGUUAGGACAGAGUUUUGGGUGGAGUGAAAGGUGAAUAUCGUGGGAAAAUAGUGGAGUGGAGAAUUGACUAGCAGGUGGAGAAGAGAUCGCAUUUUUGCAGAGUGUUGUCAAAAUUCUUGGUGUCAAUUUUUGGAACCCUACCCCCCACCAACUUCAAACGGCAUAUUUAGUGCAAGUUAAGUUUCUCUACUGGAAAAGAUAGAAACCGACACCUACGGCGAAUAGAAGAAGACAGAAGAAGAAGAACUUUGUGUCAGCAGCUUAACCUACUUUCCGAGAUAUUUUUCCUUCUGUUUUUUCCAUAUCUCUUCGAAGAGUGUACACUUUUGCAGCAGAAGCACUUCUACCAUAAUUUCCGGAUCUUUUAUUUCAACGCCGCCAUCGUCACUAUCGUUAUCGUUCUAUCGACUCGUCGUGCGCUGAAGGAAUCUGAAGUACGAAAGCCAAGCAAUCCGGUAAUUGCAUCCAUUGACAACACAACUUGCUAGCAAUUCACUGGCUGAGCAUUGUAGAUCCUGAUCAGGAAACUGAGAGAUCAUUCAAGAAACCGACAACCACAGGAACAGAAAAUUGUUUCCAGGAGCAAACAAAAUAAAUCACAAAGACGCGCAUCUCAAUAUCAGUUGAACAGUUGAACCAUCCAUCUGAAUACCGCCACCAGCAAAGCAGCGGAUAGAGAAAUAUUCAAUCGCAACAAUCCUGCGCGCUAAAUUGUACAUCGCAUCCAAGUAUCAACCAUCAUCGUCAUCACCAUCUUUUCUAAUCGUCGUCAUCGUCGCCGUCAACAAAUUAUCGUUUAGCAUAGACAGGAAGUGGAAGCACACAUUUUUUGAAUACAACGGUAGUUCGUCCGAUUUCAACUGGGAUUGGCCCCAAAUUGUAAUUAUUCCAAAUUGAACAUACCCUGCAAACGCCGCAGUGAGUGUGACCGGCUUGUACACCAGGUCCAAGGGCACGCAAAGCCAAGCUGAAUCAUCUCCGGAGUGGUGUCUUUCUGUUGUUUGCCCACGAGCAGAGCAAGAAGAGCGCCUAUCAAAAACCGAAACGCGCGCGAUAAGAGGCAGCAACAGUAGUGUUAUCAUCAGGAGAUAUAUCCCCGAGAGAACGAACCGAGGGCAAUACGUCGUAGAAAGCCCGAUCGUCAAGAUCUGCGCCGUUGAUACGUGGGAAUAGAGAGAAAAAAUCGAAAUAAUCUAUUAAUUUGUGAUAUAGUAUACAUCAUAAUUGUUCGUUUUUUUUUAAGAACUUGAUUUUAAAUAUCGGUGAAUCGCGGAGAAGAAGAAUAGGAAGCGAGAAGCAACCAUCUCUGAUUUGUGCAAGAAGAGUCAACAAGUGAUUUUAUCUAUCGUAAAGCAAGCAGAUCGCCGUCAAUACCGUCUCGAUUAGCAAGUGUUUCUAGUGUACUUCUACCAAUAUUACAACUAGUGCUUCUAUUUGAACACGAACGUCAAGCUACAGUUUGAUUUUCUUAAUUCAGUUUUCGUCUAAUCUAAAACCUACAACACACACACAAACGUACUACACGCGGAAAGCAGAGGCAAGCCCAAUUGGCAUCCGAGUUUCGUCAGGAGCACCAAUUGCGAUAACCCUAUAAGGCGAAAAGACCGCAAAAAACUUCCUUCCGAUCCAGCGGACACCGUUUAAUGACAACCGUCAUCAUGCGCCAGAAGGACAUCAGACCAGCGCCGGCCCGGAUCGAAUUCAAGGGCAUGAAGUUCCUGAUAACCGACCGUCCCGCGGACAACACCAUCCAGUGCUACAUCCAGGAGCUCAAGAAACACAACGUUUCGGUGGUGGUGCGCGUGUGCGAACCCAGCUACAAGAUCGAAGAGCUCGCCAACCAGGGCAUCAUGGUGCGAGACCUUGCCUUCGAAGAUGGAACCUUCCCGCCACAGAACAUUGUCGAGGAGUGGUUCGAAAUUUUGAAGCAGAAUUUCCUAUAUAGAUUCCAGGAAGACCCGGAGGCGUGUGUAGCGGUCCAUUGCGUGGCAGGUCUCGGCCGAGCGCCGGUUCUGGUGGCACUAGCGUUGAUCGAACUAGGACUCAAAUACGAGGCAGCUGUGGAAAUGAUUAGGGACAAACGGAGGGGUGCUAUCAAUGCCAAACAACUGUCAUACUUAGAAAAGUAUAAGCCCAAGUCACGACUAAAGCACAAAAAUGGUCACAAGAAUUCGUGCUGCGUGCAAUAAAACUAUCAAAAAUCCCACCAGUUAAAGUGUUCAUUUUAAACAAAAUCUAAACCGAGAAAGAAAGCCGACAGUUUUGCAAGCAGGAUCGUUUAGGCACUCACAAACAGACACACAUACAUAGAAGUACAGUCAUGCUAGAAAGACAGAAAGCAAGAAACAAGAAGGACGCGCUGCUUCGCCUCACAGAAGGAGUCAGAGAGAAUCAUAGUGUGUAGGAAGGCAAUGAGAGAGAUCAUUCAAGAAAGAGGAAACUGAACGGAACGGCUUACGGGCAAAAAAUAUGUUUAAAGCAGAAGCAAAAACGGUACGAAGGCAGAGAGGAAUCAAGGGCUAACACCAGUAAGAUGGCAAAAGGUUAUCAGAAAUACUACAACAAAGAAAAGAUAGGUCAAAUGAGAAUGCAAACAGAAGUGCAGGUGAAACUAUAAGGCAAAUUAUAUAUACACAAACAUAAUUUAAAUAAAACCAGAACAGAAAAAAUCUUAAGUAAAUAAUUGCAUAAACUAAAAGAAACAAGAAAACUAGUAAAAGCAUGAAAGAUACACGCAAGAUAAACAGAAAAUGCUAUUCUCCAUAUUGUACGAGUAUAUUAUAAAUUAUUGAAAGCAAACUAGUAAGACGAAACAUGCAAACAACUCUUUUAUUCUUUUUUAAGUAAGCCAUCUGCUACGACAAGCAAAAGGCGAUCGACCCGAAAGAGCAAAUCUACAUUUUCACUAAACAGAAACUCAUGCAGGAGUUAGCCAGGGUGAGGUUGGUUUGCUGAUAGACUACUGUAGAUGGAGAGGGCGUGCCGCGCUCCGACAGUCAUAUUAUCUACUACUUAGUCCAAUUAUUGCAACGAAGAGAUUUAUUUUUAAAUAGCCCGGAUUUAUUUGUUUUUAGAGGGUAACCAGUAACUAGAACAAUCGAACAGCCGUGAACGGGUCUGUGUGGAUAGUUAGGUGAGAUACAUUAAAUUUACAGUGAUACACUUGCAAAAGUUCGUACCGAAGUCGAUAUGGAGGAGGAAGCUUGUGCAGUUGCGUGUAGGAAAUGGAGAAGAAGCUCUGAGAGGUUGACUGAUGUGGUUGAGGUCUUGAGUGCUAGGUUAGGUCUUGGAUAGAACAUCAAGAGAUUCCUCCAAAAGAUUAUCAAAUUUGACGGCAAUUUAUUGAAGUGAAUAAAUAAUUGGUGCAUUUUGUCACGAUUUCAUAAUCCAAAAUGAUUAAUGUGAAGUGUGCUACACCAAGAGUAUAUUAGAGACAGAGUUGUCAAGCGUAAAACAAAUAUGUUUGCGAUUUUCGAUUGAAGAAUUGAAGAACGUGAUUUUUCGUCCUUUGGCGAAUUCGUUGCUCAUAUUUUGCCAACAAAAUUUUAAUAUUUUUACCAGAGCUUAACUGUUCAUAGCUCAAAAUCUUCAAUGAGUUGGUUGAUAAUGACCAUCUGUUGUAGCAAGAUAUCUGCCAAAUGGCACUGAAGUAAUCUGAUACGCGAUUUGAUCAAGAUAGUACUGAUGUUUGUUAGCAGUCAGUCUCCUGUAUGAAGGGCCAAAGCUAGAUGUCAUGAUCCAUAAGCAGGGAGUUUUUUUUUUUUUUCAAAUUCACGACGAGGGAAGGAAAUUUUCUUUAAAACUGAUUUUUUUCAUGGACAACUUGUGAAAUGAAACCAUCGACUGACUAGAAUAUUUCCAAUAGAUAUGUCCGAAUUGUGUCAAUCGAGAUUUGCUCUAUUCAUUGCGGAUCCUGCUCGUUAUUCUGAGCAAAUCCUGUUCAGGAUUGUAAGGAUUACGUAGCAGAACCGAAUACAAGCAAACAAAGUUAAUGAUUCUAAGGAAACUCUGCUGAAAAUUCUGAAGUUCUCCCCUCUAUGAUUCUGCACAAAUCUUGCUUUUGAUUUUGAGCAAAUCCCGCUAGGGGUUAAUAGCAAGUUCUGCUCAGGAUUUAAAGCGAAUCUUCCUCAUGAUUCUAAAUAAAUCGUAUGCAAGAUACUGUUUACAGGGUGUGCAUCCAUCCGGGGAAGCCGGGAAAACCCCGGGAAUAACAAAUGACCGGGAAAAAUACGGGAAAUAUCCGGGAAUUAGGAGAACACACCGGGAAAUCAAUCCUCGAAGGAUUUCUUGAAGAAUUUCAGGAGGAUUUCCGAAACGAUUCUCGAUGAAUUUCCGGGAGAAUGCCAACGAAAUUUAUGGACUUGUCUCGAAGGGAUUUCCGGAAGAAUUUAAGAAGAAUCAUCGAAAAUAACCUGAAGAAUUCCAGCAGGAUUUCUGGGAGAAUCUAAAAGAGAUUACCGGACAAAUUCCAGAGGGAUGCCCGGAGGAAUCCUUGAAAUAUAUUACGAAGAAUUUCAACUGGAUGUUCGGAAGAAUUCGAAAAGAUUUACGCAAGAAUUGCAGAGGCAUUGCCGGAAAAAUCUUCAAAGGUUUUGUGAAAGCUGCCCAGAAGUAUUUCUUGAAGAAUCCCAGAUUUUUUUUCAGAAGAAUCCUUGAGAGGCAUUUUAAAGAUUUCCAGUAGGAUUCUAGGAAGAGCUUCAGAGGAAAAGUCCUAGAAGGAUAUCCAGAAGAAUCUAAAAAGUAAUUCCAGAAAAGCCCCAUGAACGCUUUCGGAAGGGUUCCAGAAGCAUUUUGUGAAGAGUCCUCAAGAAAUACCCGGAAAUACUCCAACAGAAUUCCUUUAAACAUCUUAGAAGCAUUGUCAGAAGUACUCCAGAGAAAUUUUCGUAAGAAUCCCAGGGGUAUUUCCGGAAAAACCGGUUUGUUUCAAUUUCAAGCCCCCCUAGAUUUUUUUUUUCCACAAAGGGUACGACUGUUUGUCAAUCGAACUUCGCACCAACUUUUGGUGAGUUGGUAGACAGUUAGAUUAAUCUUUUCAAAAUAUUAGAAACACAAAUAAUACAAGAAGGGUAUUUAGGGAUUCCUGGAAAGGUUAUUGGCGAGAUUCUUGUAAAAUUUCCAUCUAGAUCAUUGCCAACUUUUAAAUAGAUCUUUGCUGGAGUCCUUACGGAUAUCCAACUGAUAAUUGACCAAUUUUUUGAAAGUUCUUUCUAAGAGAUCACUGAAAAAGUUAGCAAAAGAUUGCUAACAUGGUUUUUAGUGGGUAUUAGAAUAGAUCCUUGGCUGAUAUUGAUUGAAAUCUUUAGUAAAAAGCUAAACCAAAAAAUAUUUGGCAAAUUUCUAGUCAUUUUUUUAAAUGAUGGUCAAAUUAAUUAAAAUUUUCGUUAGGAGGAUUUAUUUCAUAAUUGAUGAUACUGAUUCUUGGUAAAGCCUUAUCUCGAUUACUAAUUGGAGUAGUCCUUAAUCUAUAAUAAAGAGAUUUUAUAUGGAUUUCUUCAUAUUUAUAGCGAAUCCUUCUUACCAUCUCCAACGAAUUUCUUCAAUUAUUCUUUUGAUGGGUAAAUAAAUAGCGAGGGCCUUUAGGUAUUCUUAGCCAGAUUUUUGAUUCAUGCUAAUCUUCGAAGACGCAAUUUUGGAUUUAUGACACAAGUGUUAGCCAGCUUCAUAGAAGAUCAAAAAGAUGUAUUUGGGGAUAUCGUUUCGGUUAAUAUCUCCUAGGAUUCAACAUAAGUUCCACCAGAUCAAGAAUUUCUCCAGGAAGAGCCAUGUCUUACGCACAGUUCCAAAGGCAUUCUCAGAAGGUAAUAUAUUGGCAAUUGAAUUUUGCCCUUUUGUGGACAUAUAGUCUAAAUUUAGGUACACAGGGCAGAUAUUUGUUCGUAUAAUCCCGAAUUCUCUAUGAACUUUCUAAGAAUUCUAGUGGGUGGACGAUCUUUAGAUAUUUCAUCAAACAGAUUAUAUCUUUUUGUCCAAAAUUUAAACCUUUGGAAGCUUAUAGCGUUUUAUAAAUAUAGGUUAUAAUGGUUCGUGAUUAAGUCCUCCAAAUUUUUAUGAGAGAAAAAACUAGAAUAUCAAGUUUGAAGAUCGUUUUGCCAUCAGUUUGUUAAUAUUUUGGGCAACCGGGAAAAAUCCGGGAAAUGGAUAAUUGGUUUAGCGUUUUGAGCGAAUUCUGUUUAGAACUAUGAACAAGAAUUGUUCAACAUGCUGAGAUUAUGAUAACAUCAAGCUCAAAAAUCUGAUACUGUUUACCAACUAAAUUCUUCCCAUAUCUCUAAGCAAAUUCUGUUGAGGGUUUCAACAAAAUGAUGUUUAUGAUUGUAAACGAAUCCUGCCCAGAAGUUUGAACAAAUCCUGCUGAGGAACCUGAGAACAUCUUAUUAAUAAUUCUCUGAGUCAAUUUUAAGGAAAUCCUGCUUAGGUGCUAAUAAUCCUAACAGGAGUUUUCGCCUGAGAUCUCUACAUAGUUUUGUACGCAACCAUCGCUCUUAUCAGUCUUGACAGCGUCAUGGGAAAACUGUUCUCUGUCACCAAAGAUGGUUAGAAGGAAAAAGAUAACCGUCUUUUCAAGGCGACAUGAACAGCGUCGCUCUGAUGAGUAAAAAGCCAACGUAACGUUCUCCAGAUGUCGAAUGUGUUUGUUUACGACAUUCACGCUUGAAAAAAGUUGCACAGCUCACACGUGGUUACUCGAUUUCGCCAAUGAUCUCUGAAUGCUAGAGAAAGAGUCGUUCAGCUUUUUCCUUUUAAUCAUCUAUGAUGAAUAUUCUGACCUGAUUGUUCACGGUAAUAUUGAAGAAUUGUCGUCCUUCUGCCGUCUGCUGUUCUGCCGUAGACAUUUCCUCUGUUGUAUUAACCGCAUUGUCUGCGCUCUCAGCGCUAUUCAGGUGUUCAACGUGGUGCUGCUUUCACCUUUCGAUCUCUUCACAUUUCGGUUCGCGGGAUGCGUUCAUCUAUUGAUAGAAACACAAACAAGCACAUCUCCUUCAUCUCCUGGUGAUGCGCGUAAUGGUAAUGAAAGUUGGUGAGUAUUGAACAAGAAGAAAAUUGCAACCGUAGGUAAAAUCUUAAAAUCAAAUUUAUCAAAGCACUCUCAUUCUCAACCAUCAAUUUCAUUCGCUCAUUUCAAAAUGGGACCUCCAAGCAACCAUCGCAAGCUAUCCAUCCAGCCAUAUGGCCCAUGAUAUACCAAAUACACAUUUUGUACCAGUUGCAUCAGAGCAUCAUUUCAUGCUUCCUUAGUCAAAGAACACAGACCCAUUCACCAAUCACAGCAAUCUCAAUAGUGUAGCAUUCCGUACAAACUGCAACUCGUUGCAGUGCAGCAUAUUUAUUUAGUCUAAUUACAAGUCAUCAUUCGUACCACGCGUGGCAGCCCUGAAUUGAUAUCAAGUUUUUCAGCAAACCACCCCAGCCCUGGCAAUGAACAACGGUGUACCCCAAAGUCCUUUAAUUUAUAGUUUAGAAAUAUUUAGUCCAAUCCCAGUCUAGCAAAAGUAAAAGAAAAAGUCUAAACCAAAUCACCGACCAUGUUUUAGGUUGACAACUACAAUACACAGUCAGGCGAACCGGUAAAUCAAUCACUAUUAACGAAUGCACAUGAUUAUAUGUCAGAGAUAAAUGAAGAUAAAUAAAAUGAAAUAUUACAAAAAGAGUAACUUAAAUAUUUCAAAAUAAACCUAACAAACACGAACACACAUACUUAUACACUGAAACCAACAAUCGAAACUCAACACAAACACAGAGACAGUGUAGUACUGAGUAAGAACUUUUUCUAUUUGUUACAAAAACAAAACGUUUCGAUUGAUGUUUUCUGCCGGAAAUGAGCUCUACACCCUACUCUGUAUUGGUUUUUCGAUCAAUGUGUUUAGCGGCGGCAGGCAGUUUAGAAAAUGCGUAUAUUUUAUGUCAGAGAAAAAACAACGUAGAUUACCAACAAACUCACACACUGACCACACUCACACUCACAUUACAAAGGCAGAUAGGAGAAGAUGUAUAUUUAUGGGAAAAUUUAGCCUCCAAAUUAUUACAUGUGGAUGUCGGUUGUGGCAACGGCUAGGACGAGGAGGAUUCGAAACAUUUUUGACUGUAGGAUUUGUUCUUUUCCUCGGAAUAUUUGUGUGAGUGUCUCCUCCAGACAGCAAUAACAAUAAACGUAAACAAUGAAAGCAUAAUUAAUCAAGGAUCGUUCAUUCAUUCGUAAUUAUUAGAAUACAGCGAGGCAAGGAAGCGUUGUUACUAUCACACUAAUGCUACUUAGGGAAAACCGAAAAUUCUCUGUCAACGAUCUCAAAAGUGACCCUUAAAACUUGUUGAAUGACAGUCCAAUUGCUCUAGCGAAGAACAACAAUUUCCAAAGCGAACAAACGUCUUGAAUCAACAUCAAGUAAAGCAAACACACGAUAAUGCUUUCACGCGCCAAACAAAAAAAAAAAUACACCAAUCACAAGUCAGGUUAUCAGGUUACUACAGAGAGUGAAUAAAACAAGUCCGUUUAUUGUAACAUUUGGAAAUUCAUUAACUAUUUCUGUUUUUCACACAAUCACCCCCACUCGACAAGAAGCAAUACACAAACAGAGAAACGAAACACUCGCAAAACAGUUCCACAAUUUGCUACAACCUUAAAGCAGAGUGAAAAUCAUUAGCAAAAUGGCGCCCACCUUCGUUUCAGUGCAUUUUCAUAAAAACUCAAACGAGUUUUUUUUAUUAACACGCUGCUUUGUACUGUUAACUGCUCUGAUCAUAUGAACCGCAUGCACUCUAAACGGUGGAAAAAGUAUAAACUGUUGGAUGUAGAAAUCGGUGAUAAUGAAUAAAAUUUAAAAAUUAGGAAAUCAAAUUGAUAACGCGAAAGUUUUAAAAACAAAUUGGUACUAAGACUUAGACACACACAAAAAACGAUGAAGCCAAAUUAAGAGUGGUAAAACAACUUUGCUUACCUUUCCAGAUAUCCUGUCGAAAAUUUUCCCACAAAAUUCUCUAGAAUUUGAACACACUUUUGGCUUCAACUCGUCCCACCUACGAGUAACCCCUCAAAAACCGUUUCUUUCGUUCAAGUACUAAUUAUUGACGCUCUAUUUUAUAUUAGUUUCCCAACAUCUGUAAUAGGUAACUUGCUCUAUUUUUUCUAAAACGAGAAAGAACAAUUGGAGUCAUGGGAGAAUCAUUAUAAGAGAACAAUGUCAGAGCUGUGAACUGUUUUAGAAUUGGGGAAACAACUAUCACAAGUACGCUAGAAGAAGCGAAAAUUUUAGAUUUUUUUUUCAAUUCUAAGCAAUUAAUUAUACUAAUUUUGUUUCUCCGUGUGAGAACAUGCGUAUCCACGCGCGUUUUGACUCCAUUAGAACCACGUUCACUUUUCAUCUCUUUCCAUCCAUUCAUUCCCGUGACACAGAAAUUCAAGCGCAAAAAUUAUUUCCAUCGUUCGUCAUGCAUUUUCACACACUGGCUAGGAGGAAAACGCAAACCCUCAA